AUGAGGUUGCUACGAGCGAAUGUCAUGGGGAAGGCACAAGUGACAAGUGCUUCUACUUCUGUGUCUCACUCAGAAAUGUGGGAGAAGAACAAAAAAUACACAGUGUACAAAGUUGUGGUCGAGGAUGAGAAGAGUCAAUGGUUUGUCUUCCGCCGCUACAAUGAAUUCCAUAAUCUUUAUGCAUUUCUCAAGAAGUCUCACCCAUGGCUCCAUGUCAAGCUACCAGGGAAGAAGUUGUUUGGAAACAAUUUUGACCCCCUCUUCAUAAAGUCACGACAAGUUGGUUUGAAUGAUUUUGUGAGGAAAAUAAUGGCACAUGAAGUCCUCCAGAAUUUACCUGAAGUGCAGGAAUUUCUGGGAUUGAACAAGCAUAAAUCAAAGUCCAGUGAAAGCUCAGAUGAACUAUCUACAGGAGAUACAGUCUCAGAGACUUCCAGUCAAGACCAGGAACAUCUUAACCUUGGCCCUUCUGAGAGACCCCAUGGGGUUUAUGAUGUAACCAACAUCGAUCCAGAGUUCACCAAAGAGCCAGUGCCUGCCUCUGUUGGACAUGCAAGCCAUAGUGGAGCUUUAACUGCAUCUGUACAGAAUGCAGAUGAUGCCUUCCAAGGGUUUUCCUAUGCACCCCCAUUAGAUUUUGACUAUUGAUCUUCAUAAGUGAUGGCUAAGUAUCAUGCAUUUCUGUGAUUGUAAAUAUACCCAUUUUUGUUAUAAUCUGUUUUGGAUGGAGGAGUGUUAGUAGAGAUGUGUUGCUGUCAUAUCUGUUGCAGAAUUUUAUUUUAUUUUUUUUAAUGAGGUGUUGGGAUCAUCCAUCUUCAUCCUCAUCCUAGUGCCAUGUUCAACUGUUGUCAGACCUGGAUGUUUAUGAUGCUUCCACUUUUUAGUCUCUCUGGGGCUCGCAUUCCAUGAUAAACUAUUCAGGUUUUUUAUGUGCUGUGUGUAGGUAGAAUGUUCCGUGAUUGUGGCAGUCAUUUACACUCUUCAUUUUUCCCAUUUUGUCCAUUGUGAUAAGAUAACAGUGAUUUGUCUAGUCUCAUAGCUAAACUUUAUGAGAGGCUAUUGAUCAUAUGCUCAUUUUCACCUUAAUGCUGGAAUUUUUUAAAAUUUAUCUUACCUUUUUGGUUACUUGCUUAUUUUCAAAAGCCAAGAAGAAAUUUCUUUUUUAUAUUCAGUUAGACCUAAAUUUAGAUUAGAAUGCUCAAAACAAUGUAGGCCUAUGUCCUUAUGCGGAGAUGGCUGGUUGCCAUCAGCAGCAUUCUUAGCAUGGAUUGAGCCAGUAUAGAAUUCAGAAAUCCUUAUUACAUGAAAAAGUAAAUAAAAUCCUUUAUUCACAUUCA